AUGAACCGGGACCAAUGCUUCGUGUAUAUAAGCAAGCCUUGUGAAAAUUUUCGUUCAGUUCCUCAUUCUCUUGCCGCCAACGCCGCCCUCUGCCCCAUCGCUCGCGCCCGUCGUCGCCGCCCCCAUCGCCGCCCGUGCCCCGCGCCGUCCCGACUCCAUCGUCGCGCUCCACCCCGCGCCGUCGCCGUCACCUCACCGCACCGCCCCAACACCGUUGCCGCCAGGCUGCUCAAAUUCGCCGCCGCCGACGCCCUCGACGCCAUCUGCCCCGACGCCGGCGCCGCGCUCCGCGCGCCCCUGCGCCCGCCCUCGACGCCAUCUGCCCCGACGCUGGCGCUGCGCUCGCCGCGCCCCUGCGCCCGCCCCGACGCCGCCCGCCGUCCCCCGGCACCCCUUGUGAGCACCUGCCUCGCGCCCCUGCCCUGCCCCGCUCCCGCAACCCCGCCCUGCCUCCCGCACCCGCGCCCCUGCCCUGCCCCCCCCCCCCGCCGCCGCCAUGCCCCUCUGCCCGGCCCCUAG